AUGCUCUCAUUUGCUCGUCGUUCGGUGUUAAAGCGUUCCACCGUCGCUACUACUUCAAGAUUCUUGAGUGGUGGCCAAUCUACAAAGUACGCUUUCAUUAAUCCUCCUGAAUCAGUUGAUAACUCUCUCGGGACUUACCAAUCGAUCAACAAGACCACAAUAACCGAAGAUUUCAACACCAUAAAUAGCGACUCUGAAGAUCUUAAGAAACACCAAAACACCAAGAUCAGACACUUCACCGUGAAUUUCGGGCCACAACAUCCUGCGGCCCACGGGGUGUUGAGAUUGAUUUUGGAAUUGCAAGGGGAAGAAAUUGUCAGAUCGGAUCCUCACGUCGGUUUGUUGCACAGAGGGACCGAGAAGUUGAUCGAAUCAAAGACUUAUAUGCAAGCUUUGCCAUACUUUGACCGGAUGGAUUAUUGUUCGAUGAUGACCAACGAAUUGAGUUUUGCCCUUGCCACGGAAAAAUUGUUGAACGUCGACGUGCCGCUUAGAGCCAAGUACAUUAGAACUUUGAUGGGGGAAAUCACCAGAGUGUUGAACCAUUGUAUGUCGAUUUUGUCGCACGCCAUGGAUGUCGGGGCAUUGACCCCGUUCCUUUGGGGUUUUGAAGAGCGUGAAAAAUUGAUGGAAUUUUACGAAAGAGUGUCGGGGGCCAGAAUGCACGCCGCGUACGUUAGACCGGGCGGGGUUUCCCAAGACUUGCCAGAAGGGUUAUUGGACGAUAUUUACAUGUGGGCGACCCAAUUUGGUGACAGAUUGGACGAAACCGAAGAAUUGUUGACCACCAACAGAAUCUGGAAACAAAGAUUGGUCGACGUUGGGGUGUUGACCGCGGAAGACGCGUUGAACUACGGGUGUACCGGGGUGAUGUUGAGAGGGUCAGGGAUUCCUUACGAUAUUAGAAAAAGUCAACCUUACGACGCGUAUGACUUGGUUGAUUUCGAUGUGCCGGUAGGUCUCAAUGGUGAUUCUUAUGACCGUUACUUGUGUAGAAUGGCGGAAUUCAGACAAUCUUUGAGAAUCAUUGAGCAAUGUAUAAACCAAAUGCCAGCGGGGCCAGUCAAGGUUGAAGAUUGGAAAGUGAGUCCUCCACCAAGAGACUUGAUGAAGGAGGAUAUGGAAGCGUUGAUCCACCACUUUUUGUUGUUCACCAAGGGGUACGCGGUUCCACAAGGUGACACUUAUACCGCGAUCGAGGCUCCAAAAGGUGAAUUGGGGGUGUAUCUUGUGAGUGAUGGUUCUGAAAGACCAUACAGAUGUCACAUUAGAGGUCCAGGGUUUGCCCAUUUGUCUGCCUUUGACCAUAUUGCCAGAGGUAAUUACUUGGCUGAUUGUGUGGCGAUCAUUGGUACCAUGGAUCUUGUGUUUGGUGAAGUUGAUCGUUGA